CCGCAAGCCCCGCCUCCGCGGGCAGGCGCCUGAGGCGGUCUCCCCAGGCCGGCUCCUCAGUCUGCGUCUCCGCCGCUGCCGCCAUGGUGCUGAGCGGGGGUUGGUGGUGGGGCCGGGUCGUGGCUCGGGCGACAGCAGCUGGGGGGCUGCUGAGGCGAGAGGCCUGGCCUUGGAGAGCGAGGGCAACCCGGUGCAGCUCCGGCCGGGGCCCGGGGCCUCCUGUCGUCUCUGAGCUGGACAAGGCGGACGCCUGGCUCCUCAGGAAGGCUCACGAGACCGGGUUCCUUUCCUGGUUUCGGAAUGGCCUGCUGGCUACUGGUGUUGGAGUGAUUUCGUAUGUUCAAAGUGAUAUGGGGCAUGAAGUGGCUUAUGGCUUCUUCAUCCUUGGUGGAAUCUGCGUCUCGUAUGGCAGUGCUUCCUACCUUGUCAGCCUCUUCCUCCUGCGGCGUACCAUGAUGCUGUCCUUUCCCACGGCCCUCCUGAACGUCAUUGCAGUCACAGCCGUGGCCCUGGUCUGGCUGUGCACCAUCUCCCUCUAUAUCGGGCACUUGGAGGUGGAGGUUAUCCAGGACGACCCCAGCGACAAAUGCCAGGAUAAGGAGGACAAUGGGAAGUCGGAGAAGUGAGAACCGAGGUUGGUGAACAAAACCUCGGCCUGGGAUUGUACUCCGCGAACUGACGCUUAAGGCCAUCCAGGUGGGCCCUCCUGCUAGUCGGGCUGCAGGCUGGAUUAAUUUCUUGCAAACGAGACACACAUGGAUGUGUUGGCUGCUUUGUAUUUAUUUCAGGUUUUCCAGGUGGGCUCUUGGAAAUGACAUUAGCAAAAAUCAGAUCACUGGGAAAGAACAGAGUUCAAAGGACAUGUCCCACUGAGCGAGCAAGCUGGCUUCCCAGCUGGGAGCUGCUAUUCUUGCUAAACCAGGAUCUCUGGCACUUUUAUAAAGCAAGCCCACUGUGGAGAUCUUCUUGUUGGCAUUGCUUUUACCCUCUUCUCCCUCCUUCCCCACCCCAGCCAGGUCUACAAACUAAAGCCAUGUUCAACUCAAAAUACCCUAGAAAUGGCUAGUUGUGUCUGCCUCAAUUGUAUAGCUUGCCUCUGCUUCUCUAGUGUUGCUUAUCUCUAAAAUCCUCAUUCUGCAUCUCUUCUGCCACUGGGCCGUAUAUUCUUCACUCAGCCGGACCUGCUCAGUUAAACAUUUGUAUUAAAUACACCCCGACCAAC